AUGGAACUAAAAGGCAAAAGCCAGUUUCCUGACUCCACAAAUGUUGGCUUGGCAAUGGCUCUCUUUAAAACUUGGUCUCUUGAAGUAAUGGCUUUCUUUGAGGUAAUACGCAUUAUAGGAUUAUUGGUACUUGUUGUGGGAAUACUUGCAAAAGUUGACUCAAAAGUUGUUGAAGGGUUGAUAAAUAUUGAGGUUGCUAUUGGAAAUGUAAUUGGAAUACUUGAACUUGAAAUUCCAGAUCUCACCGGAAUACUAAAGCUCGUUGAAUUCGGCUCAGUCAUUAAAGUGCUGUUACUUAUUAAAGUUGUUUCAGUAGUUAUUGGAAUUUUUGAACCUGAAAUUGCUGUUGACGGUUCUGUUGUUACUGGAAUAGCAGAGGUUAUCGAAGUGCGCUCAGUUGUUGAGCUACUGGUACUUACCGAGGUUGUUUCAGUAACUGGGAUAAUAGGACUUGUUGAAGUGGGCUCAAUUGUUGAAGUACUGGUACUUACUGAGGUUGUUGUUUCAGUUAUUGGAAUAGUAGAGCUUGUUAAAACUUGCUCUGUUGUCGAAAUACCUGUACUUGUGGAGGGUAUUUCAGUUGUUAUUGGAAUUCUUGUGCCUGAUGUUGUUGUUGAUGGUUCUGUUGUUAUUGGAAUAGCAGAGCUUGUUGAAGUGGGCUCAAUUGUUGAAGUACUGAUACUCGCUGAGGUUGUUUCAGUUAUUGGAUUAAUAGAACUUGUUGGAACUUGUUUUGUUGUCGAAAUACCAGUAUUCGAUGAGGUAAAUUCAGUUGUUAUUGGAAUACUAAAAGUUGAAGUUGUUUUUGAUGUUUCGGUUAUCACUGGAGUUAUUGUCGGAGUAUUUGUAUUUUUUGUGAUUGGUUCAGUUAUCGUUGUCGAUAUGCUCGUGCUCGUUGAAAUCGAACUUACCAAUUUCGUUUUCGAUCUCUUUUAUUAUCGUAUCGAUACUGCAAUCUAUAUCGAUGGUAAUAAAACCAGGAAUAUUAUAAUUUCGCUUUUUAGCGAUAAUUAA